CCGCUGUCAGUCAGUGCCGGCCGGGGCGGCGGCGGCGGCUCCGCGAUGGCGGCGGGCGCGGGGCUCCCGGUGAGGGGGGAGCGGUGCGGAGCCCCCCCGGGAGGGCGGCCGGGGGUCGCCAUGGCCACGGACCGCAGGUAGGGCCAUGGAUUGCCCCGAGGUUCCCGCGGGCGCCCCCCGGGCGGGGCCGGAGCCGCUGAGCCCGGACGAGAGGGAGCUGCUGGCCAAGCUGGAGGAGCAGAACCGGCUGCUGGAGGCCGACUCCAAGUCGAUGCGCUCGGUGAACGGCUCCCGGCGCAACAGCGGCUCCUCGCUGGUCUCCAGCUCGUCGGCCUCGUCCAACCUGAGCCACCUGGAGGAGGACACCUGGAUCCUCUGGGGCCGCAUCGUCAACGAGUGGGACGAGUGGAGGAAGAAGAAGGAGAAGCUGCUCAAGGAGCUGAUCCGGAAGGGGAUCCCGCACCAUUUCCGCGCCAUCGUGUGGCAGCUGCUGUGCAGCGCGGCCGAGCUGCCGCUCAAGGCUCAGUACUCGGAGCUGCUGCGCAUGAGCUCCCCCUGCGAGCGCCUGAUCCGGCGCGACAUCGCCCGCACCUACCCCGAGCACGAGUUCUUCCGCGGCCAGGACAGCCUGGGCCAGGAGGUGCUCUUCAACGUCAUGAAGGCCUACUCGCUGGUGGAUCGGGAGGUCGGGUACUGCCAGGGCAGCGCCUUCAUCGUGGGACUGCUGCUGAUGCAGAUGCCGGAGGAGGAGGCGUUCAGCGUGUUCGUGCGCCUGAUGCAGGAGUAUCGGCUGCGAGAGCUCUUCAAGCCCAGCAUGGCCGAGCUGGGGCUCUGCAUUUACCAGUUCGAGUUCCUGCUGCAGGAGCAGCUGCCGGAGCUGAACGUGCAUUUCCGCUCGCAGAGCUUCCUCACCUCCAUGUACGCGUCCUCCUGGUUCCUGACGCUGUUCCUCACCACCUUCCCCCUGCCCGUGGCCACGCGCGUCUUCGACAUCUUCAUGUACGAGGGUCUGGAGAUCGUGUUCCGCGUGGGGAUGGCGCUGCUGCAGUUCAACCAGGCCGAGCUGGUGCAGCUGGACAUGGAGGGCAUGUCCCAGUACUUCCAGAAGGUGAUCCCUCACCAGUUCGACUCGUGCCCCGACAAGCUGAUCCUGCGCGCCUGCCAGGUCAAGUACAACCCCCGCAAGAUGAAGAGGCUGGAGAAGGAAUACGCCGCCCUCAAGAGCAAAGAGAUGGAGGAGCAGAUCGAGAUCAAGCGGCUCCGCUCUGAGAAUCGCCUGCUCAAGCAGCGCAUCGAGACCCUGGAGAAGGAGAGCGCCGCCCUGGCCGAUCGCCUCAUCCAGGGCCAGGUGACGCGGGCACAGGAGGCCGAGGAGAACGACGUCAUCCGGCGGGAGCUGGCGCUGGUGAGGCAGCGCUGCAGCUCGGCCACCGAGAGCCUGAGGAGAGCACAGAGCACGAUCCGAGAGCUGCAGGGUAACCCCCGUUUGAGCGAGGAGUUCGUGGCGCACCUGGAGACGGAGCUGGAGCGGUCGCGGCUGCGCGAGAGCGAAACCCUGGGAGCCCUCAAGGAGAUGCAGGACAAGGUCCUGGACAUGGAGAAGCGGCAGCCGCUGCUCCCAGACGACUCCAGCGUGGUUCGGCUGCAGGAGGAGCUGCAGGAGCUGGCGCUGAGGGACAUCGGGGACAUCGGGGACACCUGGCAGGUGUCCCUGUCCCCCCAGGUGUGCGGGGGCCGCUGGCAGGAGCCGCGGGCGCUGCACGAGGCCGUGCUGGGGGUGCAGCUCCGCGAGAGCCAGGCCCAGGCGGAGCUGAGGGCGCUGAGACAGCGCGUGCUGCACCUGGAGACACAGGGGCGGAUCCAGCGGUCGGUGCUGGGCCGGGCCGAGCAGGCCUGUGCCGGGCUGAGGGAGCAGCUCCGCGCCGCCGCCGCCCAGAGCCAGGGGCUGCAGGCACAGCUGAGCGAGAGCCACCGGAAACACGCGGAGGCGCAGUGCAAGAGCAAGGAGGAGGUGAUGGCCGUGCGGCUGCGCGAGGCCGACAGCAUGGCCGCCCUGGCCGAGAUGAGGCAGCGCGUGGCCGAGCUGGAGAUCCAGCGUGAGGAGGGGCGGCUGCAGGGGCAGCUGGAGCACACGGACACGGCGCAGUACAUCCGGCACCUGCAGGGCCACAUCCGGCAGCUCAAGGCCGAGAUCCGGCUGCUGCGGGGGCCGCUGUCCUUCGGCGCGGUGGCCUUGGGGACACCCCUGGGGGACGAGGACUCGCUGGGCUCCUCGGACGAGGAGCUGCCACCGCCGCCCUUCGCCCUGACCCCGGGGGACAUCGGGGACACCGGGGACACCGGGGACAGCAGCGACAGCGAGACCGAGGGGGCACCGACGGCACCGUGACACCCAGGGGACAUUGGGGACACUGGGGACACCGGGGACAGCAGCGACAGCGAGACCGAGGGGGCACCGACGGCACCGUGACCUGCUGGGGACACCGGGGACACCGGGGACAGCAGCGACAGCGAGACCGAGGGGGCACCGACGGCACCGUGACACCCAGGGGACAUUGGGGACAUUGGGGACAGCGAGCCCGAGGUGGCACCGAUGGCACCGUGACACCCAGGGGACAUUGGGGACAUUGGGGACAGCAGUGACAGCGAGACCGAGGGGGCACCGACAGCACCAUGACAUGCAGGGGACGUCUGGGACAUUGGGGACAGCAGCGACAGCGAGCCUGAGGUGGCACCGAUGGCACCGUGACACCCAGGGGACAUUGGGGACACCGGGGACAGCAGCGACAGCGAGACCGAGGGGGCACCGACGGCACCGUGACACCCAGGGGACACCGGGGACAUUGGGGACAGCGAGCCUGAGGUGGCACCGAUGGCACCGUGACACCCAGGGGACACCAGGAACAUUGGGGACAGCGAGCCUGAGGUGGCACCGAUGGCACCGUGACCUGCUGGGGACACCGGGGACAGCAGUGACAGCAAGACCGAGGGGCCACCGACGGCACCGUGACACCCAGGGGACAUUGGGGACACCGGGGACAUUGGGGACAGCAGUGACAGCGAGCCCGAGGUGGCACCGAUGGCACCGUGACACCCAGGGGACAUUGGGGACAGUCUGAGGUGGCACUGAUGGCACCGUGACACCCAGGGGACACCGGGGACACCGGGGACAGUGAGCCUGAGGGGCCACUGAUGGCACCGUGACACCCAGGGGACACUGGGGACAGCCUGAGGUGGCACCAGUGGCAUCGUGGCACACAGGGGACAUUGGGGACACCAGGGACAGCCUGAGGUGGCACUGACAGCACCGUGACCAGAGGGGACACCAGGGGCAGCCUGAGGUGACACCCAGGGACCCACAGGGACAUUGGGGACAGGCCAGGGGACAAUGGGACACCUGUGGGCCCUGUGGCACCUGGGGGACAUCCCGGGUCCCUGUGACACUUUGGGGACACCAGGGGACACUGAGGGACACCUGUGACAAGCAGGGGACACCAAACACCAAGGGACAUCCAGGGGACACAGAGGGACACCUGUGACAAGCAGGGGACACUGAGGGACACGUGUGACACCUGAGGGACACCAAGGACACCAAGGGACAUGUGUGACACCCAAGGGACAGCCAGGGGACACCGAGGGACACCCAGGGGACACUGAGGGACAGCCCUGGCCUGGCUGAUGCCGCACAUGGAGAGAUCCCAGGACAGGGACAGAGGGGUCAAGGGACGGGGACAGGGACAGGGACAGAGGGGACAGGGAUGGAUCCCAGGAUGGGGACAGGGACAGGGACAGGGACAAGGAUGGGGACAGCGACCAGGGACCAGGGAUGGGGACACACCUGGGACAGGGACAGAGGGGACAGGGAUGGAUCCCAGGAUGGAGACAGGGAUGGGGACAAGGACAGGGACACACCUGGGACAGAAAUGGGGACAGGGACAAGGAUGGGGACACACCUGGCACAGGGACAAGGACAGAGGGGACAAGGGACAAGGACAGGGACAGGGACAGGGAUGGGGACACAUCUGGCACAGGGACAAUCCCAGGGCACAGCUGGAUCUGGGACACCGUUGGAUCCCGGGUUGGGGACACACCUGGGACAGGAAUGGGGACAGGAACAAGGACACACCUGGGACAGGGACACACCUGGGACAGGAAUGGGGACAGGGACGGGGUUGGGGACAAUCCCAGGGCACCUCUGGGACACAGCCAGAGCCCGGGACAGGGACAGGGACACACCUGGGACAGGAUCAGAUCCAGGGACAGGGACAAUGCUGGACGCUGGACAUGGCCAGAGCCCAGGACACGAGUGGACACUGCUGGACACAACACAGCUGGACACUGGACAUGGCCAGGACAGGGACAGGGACACAGCUGGACAUGACAGCCAGGUCUUGGGACAGGGACACAGCUGGACACUGGACAGGGACAGGGACACUGGACACGGCCUGGACAGGGACAGGGACAGUGCUGGACGCUGGACAUGGCCAAAUCCUGGGACAUGGCUGGAUCCCAGGACAGCACUGGACAUGGCCAGGACAGGGACGGGGACACGGCUGGACACUGGGACAGGGACAAGGACAGUCCUGGAACACAGCUGGACACUGGGACAGCCCUGGACACUGGACACAACUGGAUCCCAGGACACGGCUGGACAAUGGGACAGGGACAGAUCCCAGGACAGGGACAGGGACACUCCCAGGACAGCACUGGACACUGGACACAGCUGGAUCCCAGGACACGGCUGGACAAUGGGACAGGGGCAAUUCCAGGACAGCACUGGACAAUGGGACAGGGAUGGGGACAGUGCUGGGACAGCGCUGGACACUGGACACAGAUCCCAGGACACAGCCGGACACUGGGACAGGGACAGAUCCCAGGACAGCCCUGGACACUGGACAUGGCCGGAUCCCAGGACACGGCCGGACACUGGGACAGGGACAGAUCCCAGGACAGGGACACUCCCAGGACACGGCCGGACAAUGGGACAGGGACAAUUCCAGGACAGGGACAAUUCCAGGACAGGGACAGAUCCCGGACAGGGACACUCCCAGGCCAGCCCUGGACACUGGACACAACCAGAUCCCAGGACAGGGACACUCCCUGGACACGGCUGGACAAUGGGACAGGGACAAUUCCAGGACAGGGACAGAUCCUGGGACAGGGACAGUUCCAGGACAGGGACAGAUCCCGGACAGGGACACUUCCAGGACAGGGACAGAUCCCAGGACAGGGACAGAUCCCGGACAGGGACAAUUCCAGGCCAGCCCUGGACACUGGACACGGCCGGAUCCCAGGACAGGGACACUCCCAGGACACGGCUGGACAAUGGGACAGGGACAAUUCCAGGACAGGGACAGAUCCCGGACAGGGACACUCCCAGGCCAGCCCUGGACACUGGCCACGGCCGGAUCCCAGGACAGGGACACUCCCAGGACACGGCUGGACAAUGGGACAGGGACAAUUCCAGGACAGGGACACUCCCAGGCCAGCCCUGGACACUGGCCACGGCCGGAUCCCGGCUGUGGAUCCAGGCCCGAUUCCCUCCUGGAUGCUCUGGGACCAACAAGGGCGUGACCGGAUCCCCCUGGGCCCCACAAAUGGAUCCCAGAUCCCCCUGGAUGGAUCCCAGGUCCCACAAAUGGAUCCUGGUCUCCCCAAAUGGGUUCUGAACCCCACAAAUGGAUCCCAGACCCCUCAAAGGGGUCCCAGAUCCCUUCAUGUAUCCCAGACCCCCCCAAAUGAAUCCCAAACCACUUCUGGACCCCCCUGGGUGGAUCCCAGAUCCUGCAGAUGGAUCCCGGACUCUUCAAAUGGAUUCUGGACUCGCAGGAUGGGUCCCAGAUCCCCCUGGACACCCCAAAUGGAUCCUGGGCUCUCCGGAUGGAUCCCGGACCCCUCUGGACUCCCUGGAUGGAUCCCGGAUCCCCCAAAUGGAUCCCGGACUCUGAACCCCUCCUGGAUGGAUCCCAGAUCCCCCCAAAGGGCUCCCGAACCUCUCUGGCUGGAUCUUGGAUUCCCCAAAUGGAUCCCAGAUCCCCCUGGACAGAUCCUGGACCCCAAAUGGAUCCCCCAGACAGAUUCCAGAUCCCAAAUGGAUCCCCUGGAUGGAUCCUGGACCCCCCUGGACCACUCAAAUGGAUCCCAGACCCCUCUGGACCCCUGGAUGGAUCCCAGAUCCCAAAUGGAUCCCCUGGAUGGAUCCUGGACCCCAAAUGGAUCCCCUAGAGACAUCCUCGACCACAAAUGGAUCCCCUGGACAGAUUCUGGACCCCAAAUGGAUGCCCUGGCCGGAUCCCAGACUCCCCUGGACCACUCAAAUGGUUCCUGGACCCCUGGAUGGAUCCUGGACCUCAAAUGGAUCCCCAGGACAGAUUAUGGACCCCAAAUGGAUCCCCCUGGAUGGACCUCAGAUUCCAAACGGAUCCCCUGGACAGAUCCCGGACCCCAAAUGGAUCCCCCGGGUGGAUCCUGGACCCCCUGGAUGGAUCCUGGAUCCCAAAUGGAUCCCCUGGGUGGACCCUGGAGCCCCUGGACAGAUCCUGGACCCCAAAUGGAUCCCUUGGAUGGAUCUUGGACCCCAAAUGGAUCCCUUGGAUGGAUUCUGGAGUCCCUGAAUGGAUCCUGAACCCCUUGGGACCCGCUGGACAGAUCCCGGACACCAAAUGGAUCCUCUGGGCAGAUCCUGGACCCCCUGGAUGGAUCCCCUGGACCCCAAAUGGACCCCUUGGAUGGAUCUUGGAUCCCCUGGUCAGAUCCCCCUGGACCCCUGGACGGAUCCCAAAUUCCAAAUGGAUCCCCUGGAUGGAUCCUGGAUCCCCUUGGACCCAUAGACACGUCCUGGACCCCCAAUGGAUCCCCCGGACCCCCAAUGGAUCCCCCCCCCUUGGGCGGAUCCCAGACCGGGACAAUCGUGGGGCCCCCCCCGCGCCCCUCCCCCGCUGUACAGAAAUACAGGAUCCCAAAAAGCCUCGA